ACAGUCCCAUAUGAUAAGAGACACCCAUGGAACAAAACAAAAAAGAACAUCAGAAAUUUUAUGUGAUCAUUUCCAUUUAGAUCUAAACAAUGCAGGUAUAAGCUCUUCUUUGAUGUUAACAAUUAUAACAUUAAUUUAAUAACAGUUCUUGCCAUAUUCUUGUGGAUACAAAAUCUUUUGAGUAAUUGAGAGUGAUCUGCGCAAUUACCGUUACCGAAUCAGGAAUUACGUUAUUUUGCAACUCUGGUAUUGUGUCAGUAAAUAAUUCAAAGAGGUGUAUGAACAACAGUCGGAUAAUGUCGCUUCCCAGCGCUCAAAGAUGGAAUCAUUUGCGGCAAAAAAGUUUAUGUUGGGCAUGACAAAUAAGUUUAAAAAGUGUACUUAUUCCGUUCAACGGACAGAGGAAUAUGACUUAACGAUCAUCACCUCGGAUGCGGCUCAGAUACGCGUUCAAUCGUCAGCGCUAUGCGCUCAGAGCGAAUACUUUGUCGGACUUUUAUCAUCUGGAAUGGUCGAGCAACAGCAACGCACAGUCACUUUUGAAGAUCUUGAUUCAUUGCGGAUAGAAUCGUUUGUGCAAUUUUGCUGUACUGGUGAACUAUUUAUAUGCGGGAAAAAUUUUUUACAUUUACUCAAGCUGGCCAGUCGUUUUAUCAGUAGAAACAUGUUGAUCAUGCUACAACAGUACGUUCGGACUGAUUUUCUCUCAAUUCCGCAGCAAGAUUUGAGUGCGAUCGUAACAGAGCCUAUCGAUUCGGAGACUGCAAUAUUGACGAGGGAAGUUCUUCUAGGAAACAUGAUUCCCGCUAAUAUGCUUGAUCUCAGUUUUGAGGUGGUAGACGAUCUGCUUCAGGAUGAUGCGCUGGUGUCUGCAAAGGAAGAUCACGUCCUUCAGUUUGUCUGUGACUUCUCGAAGCGACUGGGAAGCUUUGGGAUAAACUUGCAUACAUUGCUUAAUCGUGUACGCCUGCCACGUCUAACACUGUCCGCAUUCGAACGAGCAGCUGUUAGUUUGCCCGGCUUCAAAGAUAGUAAGGGGUUUGAGGCUAUUGUUCGCGGUAUGGAGUUUCUGGACCUUAUUGGUGAAGAACAGCUCAGGCCGCGAAGGAGGAGUAAUGUCCACCUCACAAUGCUUUGGAUCGGCGAACACCAUGAGGAAGAUCAGAAUGGCUUUUCAAUUGCGCAUUCACUCGUCAUUCCUUUCGAAGGCACUGCAAAGCCACCUCAGCAACUUCGACAACUCGCCACCGAUCGGGUGUAUCUUACUGGAGUCAACUCAUUCAGUACAACCCCAUUCUUCAGUGCCGCAAACCAUUUAUUUGGUAUCUCUAUAUUGGGGCAUAUUGAGAAGCUGACGUUCAAGAAACGCGGAACCUACCGAUGGGAAAAAUCUCGUGAUUCCUGUCUUCAGGAUAAUUUGAUGGCGAUCGAGCAGGUAAUUGGGGUCGACACCGAGGAAGACAGCUUUUACAUGUCAUGCCUUCGUCGAACAAACGGAGCAGAGCGCGUAUUCGUGCUGAAGUGUCAGCUCAUACAAAAAGACGAUCUAAAAACGGAAAAAGUUGAAAUACCUCCAGGCGUGAUGUCGAUUAAAGCUCGCCGCAUGAUCUAUAAAAGGGCUUAUAUCGUCAUACUUGAUGAGAAUAAUCAGUUACUUGUGUAUAAUGACCGCAUGGAUAGUUUGUACCUCGUUCCCAAUCCUGAUGAAUGGACUCCAAAAUACGUUGAAAUCGCUGUACAAGACGAUCACCUCUAUGUGUUUGACUACAGUAUGUGUCCCGUAGACUCGCAUGAUUUUUCUCAACCAUUUUCGCGCUUUGAUAAGAUACGGGUUUUCAACCUGGUAAGCCUGAGUUGGGUAUCUCAGUGUCAACUCAGCCUUAAUUCGAUCCGCAACUCCGGACACAACGAACUGAUAGACUUCAACGUUGACAUGUAUUUCAUCCGAAGCCAACUCUAUUUUUCGUGGAUUUAUCAGGGCUGGAUGUAUCUGUUCCGAGCGGAUGCGAACGUGCAAAAGGUCGAUCUCGUCUACAAAUGUAAAAUUCCCCGCGAAGCAAAUGCCGUUAUUCUUUUGCCAGGUUUCUAUACCAGCCACGACGAAACGACAGUUUUAGAGAAAUGUGUCAACAGUUAUUGUCAGAAACAUUUAUCUGUUGUUGGCGAAAGUCGGCUCGCAGCAAGGAAAGUAGCCAAAUGGCGCGAACGAUUUCUCGACGAAGUUCAUACGAGUGGUUUAUUACAGCAGUGCGUCGCUGGUGUAGCAUGGGGUCGACCUUAGCUUAUUGGCUUAGAAAGUAUAAGCAGCUAGCUUUUGUCCUUCAAAAGCAAACAAAGUGCAUGAGACAAACUGUGAUAUCGAGGUCCUAAACUGCUAGGAUUAUUCAAACAUGUAUAUUAAUUCCGUAUCGGAGUAUUGCACAUUCACAGAAUUUAGAUUAUGGUAUUGCAAGUUUGUCCCACGAUUUUUUAUAUUGAACAGUGCGCUUUAGGCUUGUUAAACCUUUGGUGUACGUUUAAGAACCAGCAUUUGCCUUCAAUGUUUCAUUAUUUGAUUCUGAACUUGAAAAUAUAUAUAUAUCAUGGAUUUCAUAUCAUAUAUACUUAUUUAUUUUGAUCAUACGAAACGUGUUAAGGCUGAACUGAAUUUUAUGCUUUAUCAGUGGUUUGAGUCGACGUUUGAUUUCACAGGUCAAUUAAUUAUGUAUUGGGCGCUUUAUGUCUAAAGUGAGCUAAAUCGUAUUGAACAGUUUUGAUCUUAGAAUUUAUUCAAAUACAGGUUUAGCACAUUCGACUAAAACUUGAGCAGAAAUAUUUAAUUCAUCUUACUUCAUUUCUAUCAUCAGUAUCUAUUCAUGUAUGCGCCGAGAGAGACAGCUGUGCAUACUUUGUACUUUGAAGUAUUACAUAUGGGACAAGAUAUGCCAAACUAUAGCACCGAGUUACGAGACAAGACAGCCAAAUUAGACAUUGUGCUGUGAAUGUGGGCCAUGGAGGACAAUAUUAAGGUUGAAUAUUCAGUCUAUUACUUAAUAUAGGAAAUUUGUUCACGGUCAGAACAAACCAAUAGCUAUAUCUGCUCGUACAUAACAAAGAGAUGAAAGCAGUAAGACUUAUAUAGAAAAAAUACUGGCAUUCAUAAUGCGUAUAUGGUAUGUUGUAUACACGAUUGUAAUUAAAUAUUUAUGCUGAAUAAAUCAUUGAGGUUUUAGAUUUAUGAAAAAAAUGUUCAUUA